CUGAAAAUUCUUAUAGGCACAUAUCAUUAUUGAAAGAGACUAAGAGAAGCAAACUCAUUGUAUAAAGCGCAAACGAGAGAAUUUUACGUGUUUUUCAUAUUUUAUUGGGGUAUAUAUAUUGCUUACUGUAUACUUUUCUGUGACGAAUGGAUUUUAGAGGCGAGCGAAUUCGGACAAAGUUGUUAUCAUAAGGUUAGAAGAAAAGGCGAAUUAUCAAACGCUGAACCGGUUCAUCAUCAAUAGGGAGAUUCAGUCAUCCAGUGCACAGUCAUCAAAUUUUCUUCCUUUAAAAAUAAACAAAAGGCAGAAGAAUGGAGUUGAGGAAAUUCCAACGGCAUUGAAGGGAUUUUAGAUGCAUAAAAGAUGUUCAUGAUUUUAUGUGGAACCUGAUAUUGACUCGAGAUGAAAUUCAGAGAUAUCAUCGUCAUGCAUUUAUAGUAUAUUAUUUCAAAACCUUGUGUAUUUUCGUUUAUAUUUCCUAUAUCGGAUAAGAGAAAAUAUAUCCUGUGACGAUGAAAGUUAAAUUCAAAUAUUCUUUGCAGUCACUAUUCCGGAAUUAUUAUGUUUACGUCCUGCUCUGGUGUGUGAUGUUGGUAGAUGUUACGUCGCAGUUCAAUAACAUGUUUUCUGUCCAGGAUCCCCCUGAUGACCCUUGUUAUGACGAGAGGGGGGAACCUAAAAUGUGCAUUCCUGAUUUCGUGAACGCUGCUUUCGGACAGGAGGUAGUGGCUUCUAGUACAUGCGGGUCACCACCAAGCAGAUACUGCCAGUCGACUCGAGAGAAGGACAGAGUGGUGAGGAAUUGUUUUAUCUGUGACGCUAAGCAUCCAAAGAGAAUGCACCCUCCAUCAUAUCUAACAGAUCUUAACAACGCCAACGACUUGACAUGCUGGAUGUCCAACACCUAUAUUCAGUACCCUCAGAAUGCUACCUUAAAGCUAGCCUUGAAUAAAAAGUACGAGCUCACCUACAUCAGCUUACAGUUUUGUUCUUCGAGGCCAGAAUCUAUGGGGAUAUAUAAAAGCAUGGAUUAUGGUAAAACUUGGAUUCCAUUUCAAUAUUACUCUAACAGCUGUAAAAAGAUGUUUGGAAAAUCACCCAAAGGUGUUGUUUCGCGUUCUAACGAGCAAGAAGCACUUUGCACAGAGCAGUACAGUAGUAUCGAACCCUUAAACGGGGCUCGAGUGGCGUUCAGUACCCUAGAAGGACGACCGUCGGCUUACGAUUUCGAGAAUAACGCAAUUCUGCAAGACUGGGUCACUGCUACGGACAUUAUGAUAGUCUUCAACAGGCUUAACACCUACAAUGAUGAAAAUGAAGAUGACGACGGGGUGAGGGAGAGUUACUAUUAUGCCAUGUCUGAUUUGGCUGUGGGUGGAAGAUGCAAGUGUAACGGUCAUGCCUCGAAAUGCGUCAAAAACCGUGCUGGACAGUACGUUUGCGAGUGUAAGCACAACACAGCUGGCAACGACUGCGAAAAGUGCAAACCUUUCCAUUUCGACCGACCGUGGGCCCGGGCUACCUCCGCUGACGCCAACGCAUGUGUGGCAUGUAAUUGUAAUUUGCAUGCGAGACGAUGCCACUUCAAUAGGGAGUUGUACCUCCUUUCUGGGCAAAAGAGUGGAGGAGUGUGUCUCCGCUGCAAACACAACACGGCUGGGCGGUUUUGCCACUAUUGUCGGGAAGGGUAUUACCGCGAUCCCACGAAAACUCUUACUGAUAGAAGGGCGUGUAAAGCCUGCAACUGUCACCCAGUCGGCGCUCUUGGUAAAAUCUGUAACCAAACUUCUGGUCAAUGCCCCUGUAAAGAUGGCGUCAUCGGACGAACAUGCAACCGUUGUCAUAGUGACUACGACCAAACUGCCUCGCUGAUACAACCUUGUAUUAUUGCAACGACGACAACACCACCACUUAUAAAUACUACUACAGAUGGCGCUCCAACUAAGCGACCGAAAACAACACCGACUGUUAAACCACCAAAGAAGGAUUAUUCAAAAUGUAGGAAGAAACAAAGAAGAAUCAACCUCCGCAAAUUCUGUCGGAGAGAUUAUGCUAUCCAGGCCAACAUUUUGUCUCGCAAGACAGUGGGAGAAUGGGUGAAAUAUACAAUAAAUGUCAUAAGUAUAUACAAACGCAAUUCUCAGCAGAAGCGAGGCGAAACAUCCCUCUGGGUUCCCAAACGCGAUGUGAAAUACAAAUGUCCGAAACUGCGUUUAGGCAGACGGUAUUUCCUAAUUGGUCGUCAGCGAAAAGCUUACGGCAAGCCCGGAUACAUUGCAGAUAAAAGUACAGUUGUGAUUAGACAUCGCGACCGAUGGCAUAAAAGAAUAAAGUUAUUCAUGAGGAAAGAGAGAAGAGGAAAAUGUAAUAGUUCAGAUCGUAGGAAAAGAACAUAGUGUUAUAUCACGAUUAUAUCGAAAUGGUUGUGAACAAAAUUAAAACCAAACCAAAGAUUUAUUACCGAACAGAAUAGAGUCUUGGUUGGGUGCUACAAUCAAAGUGUUUAUGAGGACGCCCUCUUAAAUUUUGGAGUACUUCCGAUAUUACUGUGCGAUGCUUUUUAAAAGAGGACGUUUGGAGCACGUGAUUAUGCCAAAUAUAUGUUACAGUGGGAACUGCCGCGUGAGCUUUUGGGGUCACGUGACAUGUGAUAUGAAUGCGAAAGUGACAGUACUUUUAGACUGCCUUUAUAUUCAUACGAGUAUUCUAAUAAAGGAUCUCUUCUGUUGUUGACUAGUACAGUGUAUAUUUCAUAACAGAAUAAUUUUACUUACAAAGAAGGAUUCGAGGACAUUGCUUAGAAUGAAGGGCUGCGUUGGCGAAAUAACUAGAUUGUGUGAAUAUUUUGAUUUGUAUAUUUUGCCAAAGUCUUUAAAUUAAUUUUGUUGUACAUUUCCAGUUUGUUAUGAAAAGCAAUUUGUUGUAAAUAAACCAUUUUUGUAUUAUGUAAUAUCAAAUUUUGAGCACAUAUGAUAUUAAGUAUUUCAUUUUGGGUAACUACUUUCAGAAUUAAGAGAUGACGCACAAUCAAUUUUCUUAACGUUUUUCUACUUGAAAUUGAUUUCGCAAUAUCGUCGAUGAUCCGUAAUAUGAAUGAAAUUACCAUGAUAACGAGCAUAAAGUUUCGAAGAAAAUUACAAAAAUAUGCUGAAACAAGGUUAUUUGUAAAUAGUGCAUUUUCGUGUCAAUUUCAUGACAUUCUAGAGUUGCAGAAUUAAGCUGCAAUUUAGAUGAAAUGGAAUACUCUCAAUGGUCAGUAUAUAAUCUGAUGACGUCAUUAUAUUUAUUUAUAGUCGUUACUUAUCUGUUGUAAUUACAGUUCACAUUACUUGCAAUUAAAUGUAUUCUGAUUAAGGAAGCUAUAAUUAUCCGUCAUUUCUUAAAUCUCAACACAUGAACCAAAAUAAAAUUUAUUUGAAAUGUC